CUCUGUCCUGUAACGUCAGUCAGAUUUGACGCUAGUCUACAACACGGGGGGCAGGCAGCGCACUUAUCAUGUGAGUAGGAACAGGUAGCUGAAGAGAACCGCAGCGCCGGCUUUACGGGUGUGUUAAUCAACUUGUGAGGUUAAUUUGUGACUUCUAUUGUCGUCAUUUUGUGGAUAAAACCCGGAGGACGCCAACGGGAGUGCUGUGUAUUUUUCAUGGACUCUCCGGUAACUAGCUAAUCAUGAUGGCACACACCGCGUCAUAGGAAUCCAGUCCUGACAGUGUGGAAGGAGGGAACAGGAGAAGACGGCAGGAGAGGAAGAAGAGAGAGAGGUUUUUAUAAUUGGAGCAGAUGGGUGAGACGGAGGAUGAGCGUACAGCGCAGGCCAGCGUGCUCUUUGAGAACUUUGUCAAGGCGUCCACUUGUAAAGGGACUCUGCAGGCCUUCAGCAUCCUCUGCAGGCAGCUGGAGCUGGAUCCCCUGGACUACAACAACUUCUACAACUCACUGAAAGCUGCAAUCAGCACCUGGAAGGUCAAGGCGCUGUGGGCCAAACUGGACAAAAGGGCACAGCACAAGGUCUACAACCAGAAUAAGGCCUGCCAGGGCACAAUGUGCCUGAUCAUUGGUGGGGGUCCUUGUGGUCUGCGGACAGCCAUCGAGCUGGCCCUGUUGGGCUGUAAGGUGGUGGUGAUUGAGAAGAGGGACACCUUCUCCAGGAACAACGUGCUCCACCUCUGGCCUUUCACCAUCCACGACCUCAAGGGCCUUGGAGCCAAGAAGUUCUACGGAAAGUUCUGCGCUGGCUCCAUUGACCACAUCAGUAUCCGCCAGCUCCAGCUGAUGCUGAUGAAAGUAAGUCUGAUUCUGGGAGUGGAAAUUCAUGUUAACGUGGAGUUCGUCAAACUUGUGGAGCCACCCGCAGAGCAGACUGACAGCAGUCCCGGGUGGCGAGCAGAAGUCCGGCCCUCCAGCCAUCUUGUCUCAAACUACGAUUGGGAUUUGGUGAUUGGAGCCGACGGACGCAAAAACACAUUAGAUGGUUUUGGUCGUAAAGAGUUUCGAGGGAAGUUGGCCAUCGCCAUCACAGCUAACUUUGUCAACAGGAACACCACAGCAGAGGCCAAAGUGGAGGAGAUCAGUGGUGUGGCCUCCAUCUUUAACCAGAAGUUCUUUCUGGAACUUAAGGAAGAGACGGGAAUUGAUUUGGAGAACAUAGUUUACUACAAAGACAACACCCACUACUUUGUCAUGACGGCAAAGAAGCAGAGUCUACUGGACAAAGGGGUUAUCAUAAAUGACUAUAUGGAAACGGAACGACUACUGAGUGCUGACAACGUCGACCAGGAAGCAUUGCUCUCAUACGCCCGUGAAGCAGCUGACUUUGGCACAAACUACCAGCUGCCAUCCCUGGACUACGCCAUUAACCAUUACGGGCAGCCUGAUGUUACCAUGUUUGACUUCACCAGCAUGUACGCCUCAGAGAAUGCCGCCUUAAUCAGGGAGAAACGCGGACAUCAGUUACUGGUUGCACUGGUCGGAGAUAGUCUGCUUGAGCCUUUCUGGCCCAUGGGUACAGGUUGUGCUCGGGGUUUUCUGGCAGCCUUUGACAGUGCAUGGAUGGUGAGGGGCUGGGCACAAGGCAGGAGUCCUCUGGAGAUACUGGCUGAAAGAGAGAGCAUCUACCGGUUGCUGCCUCAGACCACCACAGAGAACAUCAGUAAAAACUUUGAACAGUACACCAUUGACCCUGCCAGCCGCUACCCCAACCUCAACUCUAGCUGUGUACGCCCACACCAGGUGCGUCACCUGUUCAUUGCCAGCCAACAGGACUUGUGUCACCUGGAAAGAGGAGGACCCACACGUAGAUCAGUGAACUUGUCCAGACGAGAGUCUGAGGUGCAUCCUGGCCGGCUGUUGUGCUGGUGUCAGAAGCAGACUCAGGGCUACAGAGGGGUCAACGUCAUCAACCUUACAUCUUCCUGGAAGAGCGGCCUGGCCUUCUGCGCGCUCAUACACCACCAGAGGCCUGAGCUCAUUGACUAUGACUCUCUUAACGAGGAGGACAUGGCGGGAAACAACCAGUUGGCGUUUGACUUGGCCGAGCAAGAGUUUGGCAUCCAGCCAGUGACAAGAGGGAACGAGAUGGCUGCAGAGGCUGAACCGGACAAGCUGCUGAUGGUUCUCUACCUCUCUAAAUUCUACGAGGCCUUCUGCAACUCCCCAGAAAACAAAAACGGUUCAAGAGAACCACAUGAGAUUGGUGAAGGAUAUCUAGCUGAAAACAACUACAAACUGCUGAAUCUGCCUCAGCCAAAGAAGAGGAUACCCAGGCAUGAAAAGAAACUGGAAGACAAUUUUGUUAACAAGAGACGACGAAAGGCCCACAACUUCGUCACAGGGUUGUCUUGUCAUAGUGUAUCCCCUGCUGGUGAGGCUGGGGAGCUGCGGGAGAACAAGGUCCGCUCCAUGGCUACUCAGCUGCUGGCCAAAUUUGAGGAGAACUCCUCGACAUUAAAGUCUGUUGAGGAGCCAUCCGAUCCCUACUUUUCCCCCCCUCCGUCUCUUUCCACCACCGCACAUCCUCUCUUAAAGGAGGAGGAGGAGGAUGAGGACCAGGAGAAGAGGGAAAACCCACGUUUUGCAAAGCCCAAGAAUGUCCCCCCUCCACCUCCUCAACCUUCUCCUCGACCAAAGUGGCAGCCGUCAAUCUACCUCCGCCUACUGGAGAAUCCCAGUGCUGUGGCUCAGCAAACCACUUUCCUCUAUUCCCCUGCAUCUUUCUACCCUCAGAGUGGCUACAGUCAUUCUCCUUCACCUAAUGGUCAAUUAAGUCCUCCCCGCUCACCAAGCCCUAAUGUUACUGAACAUUACUACACAGAAUGCACCUCUACAGAUGUGACAAACAGCCAUAUAGCUGCUUCUACUCUCUCUGCUUCGGAUGUUGACCAUUCUUUGGUGAGGUCAGAGGAGUCAAUGCAGAAGCAGAAUAAAGACCAGAGACUGUCUACUAAAGAAUUUUAUGGGAGGAGUAUAAAAGAUAGAGCGGUCCUCCUCUCCUCCAUGUUUCCUGGGUCCAACAAACCUCCUGCUUCUCUUUCUGAAUCAAAGGUGGAAAUAUCUACCUCUUCCCAUCCUUCCCUUUCCCCACCUCUUCCUCCUUCUCCUUCUGCCUAUGUUUCAAAGAGCCCUUCAGUCUUCCCUGUAGUCCACCCUGUCCCUGACCCCACUGCCCAGGCUGGUUUCUCCUCUGUCCCCCUGUACACUGCUGGACACAAGGAAAAGAUGCAUAAAGACUCCUCUACUCCUUCAUCCUACACUGACUCACUCUCAAAAAAUGGGCAAAUUUCUUGUCUUGUUGUUGAUUCUUCCACAUGCAGCAACCCAACAUAUGCAGCCCACUUUUCGACUUGCUCUGAUGAGGGCCAGGAGAGCUCCUCCGCACUCUGUGAUUCUAAUUGUGAAAAUGGACAUAGAAGUUUAGCUCCCUCUUUAUUGCAGAAGGGAAACUAUGAAAGAAUACAUGAGAGUUCUCGGAAUAAUCUGGAAAGUGAAAAGGAGAACGUCCAAAAAACUCUGAAGACAUUUGAUGACAAGAAAUUAACCGCAAGUGAUCAAAUGAAGUGCAAUGGGAGCUGCGUUCUUGAGAACCCUAAAGGAAAUAUUCAAAAGUCAAUUGUUCGCUCUGAGAGUUGUCCGACAGGAGCUGCUUGUUACAUUAAAGAGCGUACAGUCGGAAAGGUAUCAUCAGCCAUAGAUGCUAAAGCUCAGAUAUUGGCCGCCCUGUAUGAGACAGAUCACAGGCCCAAUGCCACACCGUGUGUGGUACGUAAGGACCUCCCUCCUGGUCUUGGCGGCAGUGACAUUUGUCACUUCUGCACCAAGCGGGUGUACGUGAUGGAGAGACUGAGCGCUGAGGGCUAUUUCUUCCACCGCGAGUGUUUCCGUUGUGACAUCUGUAACAGCACACUUCGUCUGGGAGGGCACAUCUUCGACUCACAGGAAGGAAAGUUCUACUGCAAGAUGCAUUAUGCCCAGCGCCAGUCCAGCACUUACAUGGGGAGGUUCAGAAGGAGAAUGGAAAACCAAAGCCGUGGCAUACCCUUGUCAUUAGACCGUGGGAGCUACUCAGCGAUGGGCAGUGUCCAGAUUCAACCCCCAGGCGGGGCGUCCAGCUUGCAUUCAGAGUUUAAUGAAGGUCAGAAAGGAGUUCCUGAAGACACAGAGAUGGCUAUUGAAGCUCUGGAUGCUUCCUGUGUAGUCAGAACCCCAGCAAAAGAUAAUGCAGGGGCCAAGGGCCAAAGCCAGGACAGUAGUAAAGAUUACUGUAACACCAAACCUAGUAAUCAAUGGAAACGGAAGAUCAAAGCCACCUUCCCUCUGAUCUUCAUCAAGCACUUCCAGAAAAGUUGGCCUCCAUACAAAGAAGGACCAGAGACUGUCCCUGAAGCAGACUCUGACUUUGAGCAGAUCACAUUAGCAGGAAAAGAAACUAACUCUGACAGUAGUUCCAAGACAUCAGCAGAGAAGAGCGAAGAGCACUCAGUUACAAUUAAGACAGUCUGCGACUUGGCCACCCCAAAAAAACGCUUGAUGUUACCUCUCUCUGAAAAAGAGAAGCUUCUGAACUGGGACCUUCUGGUCACACCAGAGGAAACUACAGUUAACACAAACCCCAAAAACAAACAUCAACAUAAAGACAAGGUACAAGCAGAGACAGAAGCAGAUAAGCUUCAGACAGACUGGGGCCAGAACAUGGAAUCAUCUCAGAGCCAAACCUCUGCCUCGUCUCCCUCAGCCUUUCAGCUUUUAGCAAACGCCUUUAGAAGGACAUUUAGUGUGACCAAUCCCUCCAGCAUGACCAACCCUGCAGUCACAAUGAGGACCAAACGUGACGGCCCCUGCAAAAAGAGGCCUAUGUCAGAAGGAGUGUUGAGCUCUAGCUCCUUCUUAAGCACCACGGGUCUAGAACCAUCUACAGAUGAGAAGAAGGCCGGCAAGCGUAAAGCUCGGGGGGCAUCUACAGGGGCCAAUCCAUGGGGGGCCGGGCAAGACCUUCCCUCUCUGUUACAGCAGGUUUCCAUAAAGGGCUCCAGACACUCGGGAGGGGUGUUCACUGACAACAUGGCCUCGUUGCCAGGCAAGAGUGUGAAUUUGUUCUCAUCCCUUAGCCUCAGGAAAAGGGAGGAGUCAGAGAGUGAGGGACAGGACCAGGAGGUGCAAAAGAUCCUCAUCAAUCUCAGAACCAAAGCCUCCCAAAAACAGAAUCUUGAAGAGCCUUCCUCUAGUGACGAUGAAAAUGAAAACCUGACAUCCAAUCAGAAGCUGGGUCCAGCGAGACAGAGGCAGAAGCAAGAAAAGACAGUGGCCCAGCAGGCUAAAAGAGAACUGCUGAAGAGGCUUCACAGAGCUCAGGCUAUCCAGAGACAACUGGAGGAGGUUUCAGAGAAACAGAGAAAUCUGGAGGAGAGAGGAGUGGCUAUAGAAAAAAUCCUAAGAGGAGAAACAGAAUCAUCUCAGACAGAUGACGAGGCCCAGCUCUAUCAGUCCUGGUUUAAACUUGUUCUGGAGAAGAACAAAUUGGCCCGCUAUGAGUCUGAACUCAUGAUUUUUGCUCAGGAGCUUGAACUGGAGGACACACAGAGCCAACUGCAGCAGGAUUUACGACAAAGGAUGGCAAUAGAAGAUACAAAGAAGAGUGCCUCUGAGCUGCAGGAAGAGCAGGAGAUCCUGUCAGAGAUUAUGAAGACAGUGGAGAAACGAGACAUGUUGGUCUCUAUACUGGAGGAGCAAAGGCUGAAGGAGAGGGCUGAGGAUAAGGACCUGGAGAGCCUUGUGCUGUCCAAGGGCUACGAGUUUCACUGGGCCCAGGCCAAUUUAAGCUGGGGGCAAGAGAAGCUAGAGUGAAGGUUGAAUGUUGAGCAUCUCAGUGGUAAAAAGCAGGAUAUAUAGUAAAGGUAGAAAAGUACUGUAAGGCUCUACAUAACACUAUUUCUUUAAAAUAAAACAGGUAAAUUUUUACCAUUCUAGUUUGCAUCUAGCAUAUCCUCAUAAAGCUACAAAUCUAGCUAAUGUGGGGAGGAUGGAAAUGUAAUGAAA